AUGAAAGCAGCCAAAAAGCUACAGAUCAACGCGAAUGUUUCACGUAAUGAAAAAUUCUCUGCUCUGUCCAAAGUCGCCGAUGUCGUAUUGCCGAUCGUAUACAUUAACGAGUCUGUCACGGUAGACGCGGACACAGCAAGAAUGAUUCGCAACGCAAUCUACGUGCUCCCACUUGCGUUGUAUGUGGUUUCCGCCGCGAUUCUCGUUUUGGCACUGUUUGGGUUGGCUGUUUUCAGUGUGCUGUUCGUAUACCACCGAAGGCAACUUCUCAAUUCCGACGUACCGGGACAGAAUGCAAACGAAACGACCCCUUUGUUGCAGAGCAACGAGCAGAGCAACACGACUAUGCAAAUCUGA